GCGAAGUGGUGGAGUCGUGUGGUCACGUGUCAAUCCUAAUCGUUCUAAGUUAAUGGACUAGAACUCAUUAGCCAUUGCAACACCCUCUGGACUGGGAGCCAAUUAGAGUCACGUUAUCGCUGAGGAAGCUGCUAUUACCCGUUCUGUCGUCUCAUCAGGGCAGCAGAAAGUUGCAGAGGCACGAUAACUCGCUACUUGUCCACACUUUUACGAGAAUAAUUGCAUUAUUAAGGGGUGGCAACUUAAUUCAUUAGCGCUUCAGCUUGGCAGAUGACCAUGGAGCCAGAAUGUGAGCCGAAGAAACGCAAGCGGCGCACACGCUUUCCUCCAGAAGCGAAGGCAACUUUGGAAGCAGUCUACGAACAGACAAAGCAUCCAGACAGACAGCAGGUAACAGAACUAGCUGAGCAGCUGGGAUACAAAUACGAAACAAUCAAGAUGUGGUUCGACAAUCGUCGAUACAACGAAGUCAACCGUCCAAGUGGACGCAGAAUGCAGCAAUUGGCCAAGGAACAUCCCCAACCAUGGAGUGGCUGCCAAGUCACGUGCAUGGGAGUUCCAACGAUGCACCAGCAGCCAGUCUUCUCCACUGUUACGUCACCGCAAGAAAACAGAAAGCUGUCUCCAGACGCUGAAACUGCUGGUGAGAGUUUUGGUUCCACACAGGUUUCGGCAGAGACAGCGCGUGGGAGCGGAACCCAAACGGCGUGUACAAACAGCAACGCCACGCGCUCGGCACCGCCUCUCACUUUUGUCAGACCCAUAAUCGAACCAUUCGUAAACGUUAAAGAAGAAAACAGCGUUCUCGAGGUGGAAGAUGGCACAACGGGUGAGGACAGGAAAGAAGACGAACUAGAAGAGUCGUUUGAGGAAUUUCUUGAGAUGGUGCGUGGGAGGAAGAUGCAGUACAAACUGUCAGAUUUCGAGGAUUUCAAGCGGGAAGCAGAGCGCCUUUUUCGCUCGUUACAUUUUGUUUGUCUUAUGCGCUUUUCACAGGGUAAUAGAAGCACAGUAAGCAAUGAUUACACCUCUGGCGUUUUCUCACUGCAUUGCCUCAGCCCUGAAGUAGCAGCAAAGGAAGAAGUAAUGGAAUUUCGAUUCAUUCAUGAAUCAAAACUGGAAGGGACUCAGUACAUGGGAAAUCAGGUGGCAUCUGAAAGACUAGUUUUGUUUUAUUCUGUUCCAAAUCAUGACGUCUUUCAAAAGGAUCCCUCACUGGGGGCCAAAGCCAGAGGAAGUUGUGAAAGUUUAGAAAGUGUGCACUUUAUGCCUAAACAAAAGAAUGCUGAUGACCUCCCGUUGGUGUACGAACCAGACAAAGGGACUCAGUACUGGGCAUGGGGUAACAUUGAAAAAGUCAAGAGUUUACUUAACACAACAUUGUCAGGUCCAGAGCUGCUCUCAUUCCUGAUUCUCUGUGUUAAUCCCACAGCACACACAAGCCACUGGCUGAGUGUUAGCAUUCAACAUCAUUUCUUCGGUCGAGAUGUACCUCACUACUACAAGGUGAAUGAAGAAAUAGACUGACAGUAUCGCCAGUGGUUAUGUAGUACUUACAUUGCUACUGGCCAAUACCAAGAGCAGUUGUUUCAGCUAGCAUAAGAGAGGCAGGUUUAAGUUUAAGUUAAUCUAUGUGACUGAGGCAUCAAAUGUUUGCUGGCUAUGUUGUGUAAGCACUAAUUACUCUGAUAUCGGUUGGUUCCAACUCAUCCUAAUAAAGUCAAAGUUUCCAUUGCUACUAGCUAAGGCAUGUACAGCUUUUCAUGUCUUAGAAGGAAAACCAGGUAAAUGUUUACCCUGCAAGCUACUUCCGCUGAGACAGUCUCUUGUCACUAUGUGGGCUUGGUGGAUCAGUUUGUACCUUCUGGCAAGAGGGAAGCCUAACCAUGGCUUGGUGUAUGAAUAGAACUGUAGGACAGAAAUGAUGCUUUAGACCAUCAGUUGCUCAUGGCAAACUGGUAUUGGUCAAAAGUCUACAGAGCCAAUUAUAUAGCAACUAA